UUUUUUUCAGCUGUUUUCCGGUGACAGCCGGGGGAAUGACAACAGAGGCAGUCACGGCCCUUCUUCCAUUUAAGCACACUGCAAAACAUCGACAAAAACAGGGAGCUGUCUGCCAUUAGAUUUCGGAGGUUUGGGGAAUUCAUUCUUUAUGUGCCUCUGGGAGCAGCAGCAUGGCAGAUGACAAGGACGUGUUGAGAGACGUUUGGUUCGGCCGGAUCCCCACCUGCUUCACUUUGAACCAGGAUGAGGUUACUGAGAGAGAGGCAGAGCCCUACUACCUGCUGUUACCCAGGGUAAGCUACCUGACUCUGGUUACAGACAAGGUGAAGAAACACUUCCACAAGGUGAUGAGGGCGGAGGACGUGGAGGAGAUGUGGUUUGAGUAUGAAGGGACGCCACUGAAAUGGUGAGAGAACGAUCGUUACAUGAACUGAUU